UCCUCGAGUGUAAACGUGGGUUGCUCCGGUUGGUCUUUCAUGUAUGGCCGUGCAUCCCUUUGAUAAUGAUUUGGGCGCAGCACAGUUGGUGUCUCGAGCCGUCCUCGGAUGAAGCAAUCGUGUACCCUCAGUUCCUGGAAGGAAGGUCAGACAGUGGUGCAAGAGUAUUGAAACUCAACGAUGAACUCACUUUGCACCUUGAACAAAGGUCUGCGUUCGAUAACCACCUACUUAUAAGGACGAUGGGGGAAGAUAAUACAGUCAUCGAAAGGCUUGUGGAUACGGCAGAAAUCAACAACAAACUUUUCCAAGAUCAACAUCACAUGGCUUCAGCAGUAAUCUCUGAAGAAGACGGACUCCAUGUGAAUGGCAUCAUCGGCGAUGAGCUACGCAUCCGCCCUCUGUUGACGAUGGAACGCACUGCAGAAGGCCACGUUCCUCAUCUACUCCACCGUGCGGAAACCUUGAGGUCUGAAGCUGUCACGCACGACUACGUUUUCAUGCCUCGCUCAGACGACGACAGUCAGCAGCAUGACCGCAUCCUCAUCGAAGGACGCAGCAUCACCGCAAUCAAGCCGGAAGUACAUGUAGUCAUGGACGCUGUGUACUACAAGCUGUUCAAUUACAAAGAUAGCGACAUUAUUGCGUACUAUGGAGCCGUUCUUAAUUCCAUAAACCUCCGAUAUGAAACCAUCCCAGACCCGAAAGUGACUAUAAAGAUCACUGGCUUCACUUUCAAUAAGGACGCCGCGGAUGACAAGUACAUUUCAACUUUCGGCAUAUACGGCCCUCAUGGCGUUACCGAUAUGCAAACCACUUUGGCAAAGUUCACGUCGACUUACAGGGCCGAGCACUAUGGCUUCUUUCACAAAACGGACAUCUUGGUACUAGUCACAGGGAGGGAUAUGUGCACCAUGAAUGGGCGAAGUCUGUCUUGUGGCACCGCUGGAUUGGCUUAUAUAUCGGGCGCAUGCACAUACUACCGGACGGCCGUGGUUGAAGACAAGCCGUGGUCGUACGAUUCUGUUCGCUACAUGGCACACGAAUUAGCCCACAACUUGGGAUGCGUUCAUGAUGGCAAUGGUCCAGACGGCAGCGUCGAGAACCACCCCGGUGCCGAGGCGUGCCCAUGGGGGGAUGGUUACAUCAUGAGCUAUGUACAGAACAGCACCAACGAGUUCCACUUCUCUGAGUGCUGUGCGAGGCAGAUUAAACAUGUCGCUAACCUACCCACCCGUGGAUGUCUGCGCACGAACAACACGGGGUACGCAAGGCCAGCAACAGAGUACCUGCCUGGCACAAAUAUCUCUUUGGAUGAACUGUGUAGGAGAUCGUUUCCCUACGUCACUCCGAGAUUCAUUUUCGAUACGAAUAAACCACGCGUUGGGUGUAAAGUACCGUGCCGGAGCCCCGCAUCUGUUGGGUGGCGAUAUCGCACUGGGUUGGCGGCCGGCCUGGACGGGACACCCUGUGGGGCGGACAAUGACAUGAUAUGCAUACGCGGUGAAUGUGUACCGCAUCCCGCGCCCAAAAAGAAGGAGGAGGAAAAGAAGAAAAAGGCGAACACCGAAAAAACUAAUAACCUGAAGGCACCGAAGAAGUCGAGGACUACACCUACCACAACGACAGCGACAACUAGGGCGACACUUUCAACGCCACGAAGCCGCGUUUUGACUUGGUACAGCAACGGCAAACGGUACCAGGUUACCAUACCUGGUUAAUCGGGGUG